UUGUGGGAGAAUUCACAGUGUAAGGGAUGCAGUGCACCAUUCACAUACACAUUCACACCUUGGGAGAAUUUUAGUGUAGCCAAUCAAAAUUGGGUUAGGGUAGCCAUAUUUAUGGAUUGGGUGAGGAAACUGGAGAACCCAGAGGGAACCCACACGAACACCGGGAGAACAUGAGAAACUCCACACACACAGUAACAAUGGCGGCUGUGGAUCAGGUGGUAGUGCAGGUUGUCCACUAAUCAUAGGGUUGGUGGUUCGAUUCUCGGCCCACAUGACUCCACAUGCUGAAGUGUCCUUGGGCAAGACACUGAACCCCAAGUAGCUCCCGAUGGCAAGUUAGCGCCUUGCAUGGCAGAUCUGCUACUAUUGGUGCGUGAGUGAAUGGGUGAACACAGUGUAAAGUGCUUUAUAAGUGCAGACCAACAUGAGCUCAGGAUCGAACUGGGAUCCUUGAGCUGUAGGCAGAAACCCUAUCCUCUGCACCACAGUCACCGUAAUUCACUCAAUGAAUGUACUUUAGAAAACACUAAACCCGUUAAAUACUGUUAGAUCAAUUCCCAUUAGGCUAGAAAACAGUAUUUUAGACCCAUCAGCUUAUAUGGAUGCAUCAUUAGCAAUUGAGUGAAUUUCCUUGAUAUUUUUUUGUUUUUUUUUAGGAUGAACUUUAUACCUGCUCAGUGCUCCAUUACAAAUCCCUGAUACAUCAGAUCAGAAUGAAGCACUCCAACCUAAACCCAGAGGAAUCAAGCCUCUUCCUGGAGGUCUAUAACGUUAACGGCUCUGUGGUCCUUCCUCUGCACUCCUCCAUCGCCCUGUUCCUUCUGUCCUACACUGAGUGCAAGUCUUUCCAGGUCUGCCUGCUCUCUGAUCAGCCUGGCUGUGUAGAGGCUUUGGCAGGUUCCCUUCCAAAGAGCCUGGCUGUGUCUGAAGUGAAGAGGGAAGAAGCUCCAGCCCUGGUGGCGGCGUGUCGUCUGCCGGCUGUGCUGGAGCCGAACGGGCGAUUCUGCAGAGCCGGACUGGCUGUGGUGCUCAGACACGUCAUCCAGACGACCUGCCUCCUGGAGCCUCAACGCAGAGAUGUGUCCUCACUGCUGGGCUUCAAGAACACCUGCCUGAAGGCCUGUGCUGAGGUGAGCCGCUGGACCAGGUUAUGUGAGCUGGACAUUCCUUCAGCGGUGGAGGAUCACCUACGUAACCCUACAGAGGCGCGACUCCAUCUUCCUUCUGCUCUUCUUCAGCUGGAGCACCGCCUGGCCGAACCGGUCAAGGUGCACAAUGAUGAUAAACUCCGUCGUCACAAGCUUCAACAGCAGAAGAACUCUGGGAAGAACUCUGAGGAGAACUCUGAGGAGAACUCUCAACCACCUGAGAGCCAGCAGGAGGAUCCUCCGAACAAGAGCCAGCGUGGAGUGGAGAUGAGUGCAGCUCUGGCCAAGCUGUCUGUUGAUGGAGCUCCACCUGUUCCCACCACCAGAGAGCGCUCUGACGUAAGGAAAGUGAAGACCACUGAGCUGCCAGAAUUGGAGCAUGUGUUCGCCGAGGGGCUUUACUUCACGCUCACUGAUGUGGUGCUGCUGCCAUGCAUCCAUCAAUACCUGAUCUCUCUACAGAAUCACGCUCCUCAUGUCCUGCUCCAGAUCCCUCUGCUGCUGCGCUGGUACCAACGUCUACAGGAACUGCCAGGGGUCCUGCGUACCGCGAAGGAUUGUGGGAUUGCUCUGUUCAGUCCGCAGGUGCCGCAGCCCUGCUCGACUCAGCCAGAUGCUCCUCAUUGCCUAGAAUCAGACCAGGAAAGUCCUGCACCAUCUCAAGAGCACUUUGUGGGAGGGCCUAGACCCACGCUUAGCAAACUCCAAGAGCAUGGCAUCGAGGCCGUCUUCUCUCCACACCCUUGCGCAGCAUGGACCCUCGACUGGGAGAGUCUGCCUGCUGCUGUCAACCCCACUGAAGGUAAGAUGUCGGACACUCGAGCUGUACGAAAGCGACAGCAGCUGAACAACCUGGUCGCCAUGGUGAAGGAGCUCGCUGAUCCUGAUCAUACUAUAGUGGAUUUCUGUAGUGGAGGAGGCCAUGUUGGGAUUGUUUUGGCGCACACGCUUCCUCAGUGUCAGGUAAUCCUUAUAGAAAACAAAGAAGAGUCUCUGGUUAGAGCGAGACACAGAAGCUCACAGCUCGGGCUUCAGAACAUCAGCUUCAUCCAGGCGAACCUUGAUUACUUCAUAGGGAACUUCCAAGUUGGGGUGGCUCUACAUGCAUGUGGUGUGGCGACAGACAUGGUUCUGGAUCGCUGCGUUCAGGCCAAAGCCGGGUUCGUGAUCAGUCCAUGCUGUUACGGCUUCAUCCAGAAUACGCUCAAGUUCACCUUCCCUAGGAGUAAGAAAUUUGCAGACGCGUUGACAUAUAAGGAGCACAUGAUCCUGUGCAGGUUUGCGGACCAGACAGCUGUCCAGCUUCCCACUGAGCGUCGUUUUAUCGGGAAAUGCUGUAUGGGCUUGGUGGAUUUGGACCGCAGUUGGGCUGCUGAGACUCACGGUUACUUGGUGAAGGUGAUGACCAUGGAGCCUGAGAGCUGCUCCCCCAAGAACAACAUGCUAGUCGGGGUUCUGGCCUAGCCUCUCCAUCCGAUGACUUUAACAACUUUAAAACAGGAUGUAGACUGGAGCCUUGAGGAACACCUUAGAAUUAGAUAUGAUACUUCAGGAGUAUAAGUGAUAGCUCUGAGAUGUCCAUAGGUGAUGAGGAUUUGUUGAGUCCAUUAUGUGUUCAAAGUGACUUUUAGAAAUAAUAAUUUAAUGUUUUGGGUUUUUUAAUUAUUAUUAUUAUUAUUAUGUUGAAUUGUGAACUGCCAGCAAUGGAUGAUUUUCUCAGGAGGCUAAUCCUUAUUUGUGGACACAUUAAUUGUUUUGUUUUUAAGUUCAUAACAACAAUUUAAUUGGAGCACAAUGUUCUAGCUGUGCAGUUAGGGGGAAAUAAUCAGUGACUGGGUGGUGUGAUGCGUACACCAUUAUUUUCCCCCUAACAGCCCAGGCCAAAGUGUUUCAUUCCUCUUAUACGACGAGUACAUUUUUAACAUUUAUUAAUAAAUCUAAUGUUUUUUUUUUUAACUAUUUACAGUUACAUUUAAUGUUGUAGAACAUCUCCAAAUGUAGUCAUUAUCUACAUUAUAACAGAUAUAAUCUGUUGUUCCCUCAUCAGCCUCUCUUUUUAAGUAAAUAAGAAGUUUUUCUGUAGUGAAGACUCCCUCGGUGGAAAACUUGCUCACGGUUACGAGCUGACACUGGAGACUCCUUCCAUAAGUGUUAACUACAUGCUUCAUAACAGAAGCCAUAUAUUAUUUUACCUUAUAAACGAGUAAAUGACACUUUUUGGAAAAAAAAAAAAUCCGUUCGUCUUUAGAAUUAUAUUAUGUGAAGCGUCUAGCAUCGAAGUCCCUGUGAAUGAGCUGUUGCUACAGAAACGAUAAUAAAUUAAAACAAACACACUAAUAUGAAAAAGCUUUGCUUUGAAUUUCUAACAGAGCUGCUGUUAAAAAGAAAAAUAAUGUAAAUCUUCUGACCAAUCAAGUUUGAGAAUUCAGCACAGCUGUGG